AAAUUAUCCCCUCCAACUGGCAAUGGUUUCGCCCUGCUAAUCCCACCAAAGAUCCCACGGAAGAUCUCACGGAAGAUACUACGGAAGGCACCAUGGUGAAGGCAAAUGAGGAAGAGAUUCUAGAGAGAAAGAUCGUCAAUGUCAACGCGGAGACUGUUAGCAAUAUCACCUCCACCGACUUCCCCGGCCACUACUAUGGAGAGGACAAUUCCUGGAACCUGGAGGAGUUUAAUCAGAAUUUGAAAGUCAAGUUCCACACCAACCAGCCGUACGACUCCUCCUUCUCCCUCAUUGGAGUCGACGCCUCCAUCGCCAACGCAUUCCGCCGGAUUCUCAUCGCAGAGGUUCCGUCCCUUGCCAUCGAAAAUGUCUACAUCUUCAACAACACCUCCAUCAUCCAGGACGAGGUCCUGGCGCAUCGUCUGGGGCUGAUCCCUCUCAAAGGCUCCACAGAGGGACUGCGUUGGCUACAUUGGUUUAGAAAGGGGUUCAGUGAAGAGAACGACUAUAAUACGGUGGUCCUCAAGCUCCAGGUGCGGUGCAAAUGGCAACCAAACGGGAAAGAUCUGGCAGCACGGGGAGAGACGGACCCAAAGAAGCUCUACAUCGACUCCAAUGUCUACGCCCACCACCUCACCUUCGAACCCAUCGGCCAACAAGAGCAGCGCUUCAACGGCGUGCCCGUCGUCUCCGCUAACCCCGACAUCCUGAUAGCGAAACUCCGCCCCGGCCAAGAAAUCGACAUGGAGCUCCGCUGCAUCAAAGGCAUCGGCGCUGACCACGCCAAAUUCUCACCCGUUGCCACCGCCUCCUACCGCCUCCUCCCGCACAUCCGCAUCCUCCGCCCCAUCCUCGCUGCCGACGCCAAGAAAUUCGCCCGCUGCUUCCCCCGCGGCGUUAUCGCCCUCGACCGCGUCUCCGCCGAGGAGGCCAGCCGAGAGGGGAGUGGCUACGAGGGCCACGAGGGGGAGUUCAAGGCGAUUGUGGCGGACCCGAUGAAGGAUACGGUUAGUCGGGAGUGCUUGCGGCACGACGAGUUCAAGGAUAAGGUGAAGUUGGGGCGGAUCCAGGAUCACUUCAUCUACCACGUCGAGAGCACGGGGCAGUUGGAGAGCGAUGAACUGUUUUUGGAGAGCGUGCGGUUGCUAAAAGUGAAGUGCCGGAAGGUGAAGCGGGCGUUGAAUAACGAUAACCUGGGAUGAACGGUGAUGGACACUGGGCUUGUCACACCAUGAAGAACAUCGGAAGCCGCAUGAUGGCACCGGCGCCGACCGGGCUAUGGCGUCGCGUGGAAGAACCCUAUCCUGCGAUGGCUAGGGAGGGUGUCAGGAUGGGGGAAAUCACUCCGCUGGUUGCAGCGGUCUAUUAUCGGUAGGCAUCGGCGCUUGGGGAGGGAUCGGACGAAGAAACGACCGUUUUUGGAUCGGCAGUCCGGGCGGGGAUUGCGAAUAGAGAUGCACAAUUCAGGAACGCCUGAGCAUAGAUCGCCCCGGGCAUUGUACAAUUAGGGAGAUCAAUAGAGAUAGAUCACAUCCAACCGUGCAUAUUGGCUUGCGAGUU